GAAGCACUGCUCACACCUCAGACCGUUCUGUGUGCCUGCAGCGAGGUCAACGUCCUCCAACAUCCGUGAUCUCGCGAGACUUCACAAUCUGGACUGCUGGACUGUCGUUCACGGUUACCUGAGAGGACAGGCGAUCGUAACAGGCCUGAUAAGGUAAACAUGUCUCAUAAUGAUGAAGGAUAUGUAGUGCGGAUCCGUGGUUUGCCUUGGUCAUGCACACAAGAGGAAGUGGCUUCCUUUUUCUCAGAUUGUGACAUUGUGGGGAAAGUGAAUGGGGUGUGUUUUACCUUCUCUAAAGAGGGAAGGCCGAGUGGAGAGGCAUUUGUGGAGCUAAAGACAUCAGAGGACUUUAAAAAAGCUCUGGCCAAAGAUCGCAAAUACAUGGGACAUCGUUAUAUUGAAGUGUUCAAAUCAAAUCGCAGUGAGAUGGAUUGGGUGCUAAAACGAUGCAGCCCUACAGACUAUGAUAGCUGUAGUGGUUGCAUGCUCCGCUUAAGAGGAUUGCCUUUCGGCUGCAGUAAAGAAGAAAUUGUACAGUUUUUUUCAGGGUUGAAAAUCGUGCCAAAUGGGAUAACAUUGCCGAUGGACUACCAGGGGAGGAGCACAGGGGAAGCCUUCGUGCAGUUUGCCUCAAAGGAGAUAGCAGAAAAGGCUCUGGGGAAACACAAGGAAAGAAUAGGGCACAGGUACAUAGAAAUAUUCAAGAGCAGUCGAAAUGAAAUGCGUGCAUACUACGAAGUACCCAGGAGGAUGAUGGGACAGAGGCCUAGUCCAUAUGACAGACCCUUGAUGGGACGCGGAGGCUUCUUUGGGCCUGGAAGAGGAGGCGCUGUCCUGGACCAGAUACGCAGUGGAGGUGGCUACAGUGGUGGAUACGGUGGGCUUGACAACUACAAUGGCUUUAACAACUACGGCUUUAGUAAUGGAAUGUAUGAAGAGCGUGUUCGGGGUGAUAGAGGAAGAGGAGGAAUGGGGGGUCAUGGUUACAGCAGCAACUCAAACUCAGGCUUUCACAGUGGUCAUUUUGUGCACAUGAGAGGUCUACCGUUUCGGGCUACAGAGGGAGAUGUGGCGAAUUUCUUUUCCCCUUUGAUCCCUCUGAGGGUGCACAUUGACGUAGGGCCCAAUGGAAAAUCAACAGGAGAGGCAGAUGUUGAAUUUGGGUCUCAUGAAGAUGCCGUGGCUGCCAUGUCCAAAGACAAGAAUCACAUGCAGCAUCGUUACAUUGAGCUUUUUUUAAAUUCAACUUCAAGCGGACCGUCUGAAAUGGGUCGUGGAGGAAGUUUUUACAGCAACUCUCGAGCAAGUGGAUUAAGGGGAAUGGUCUGAGGACGCUUGCAAUAGAUGCAUAAACUUUUCAACCCACCCAUGUGGAGUUGAAGCUUUCAGCUUGGAAAGUCCAUUUGUAUGAAUGUGUCACAUGUUAAAUAUGCUCCAAGUAUUUUCCAAGCUUAAAGGGACACUCCACUUUAAAAAAAAAAAAUUUUUCCAGCUCCCCUAGAGUUAAACAUUUAUCAUUUUGGAAUCCAUUUAGCUGAUCUCCGGGUCUGGCGCUAGCACUUUUAGCAUAGCUUAGCACAAUCAAUUGAAU